AUCACCACCUACUUGGUAUACAAAACUCUAUCAGCAACCACCUGUCAACAGAAUCAGCAUAACAAACAUCCGACGGGCUAUCCCCAGACAAAACCCUAGACUGGCUUGUCUCACUGCUUGAAAAUCAAACCAUAGAUACGAAGGACCUGUCAGUCCACCGAGAAGGUAGCUGAUCGGCUGAUUGAGCUCGACCCAAAAGUCAACACGGGAAUAUCGGUAUCUGGCGGUUGUUGGCCAGAGCAAAUCAGUAUAUCUGUCACAGAUCUAGUAUUAUCAUUGUUCCCUUGUAUAACCGCGACAAGUAGAAAGCGGCCCAGUCUUUGUUGUACGGCGCCAUGCACACCCUCAAGGCCACGGCAUCAUCCUCGCUCAAUCUGGGCCCGGGGAAUUACAUCUACUCGAUCAUUCCUGCGUCGCCUGGCUCAUUGGCGGCUAUUUCAUCGGAUGACUCGUUGCGUGUUUUUGAUGCCGCUGGGCUUGGCCGUGUAGCUGUGGUUGCGGCGAAGACGCACGGGAAUGGGGGUGUGACGUCGCUGAAGAGGUAUGGGACUGGUCAGGAUCAGCAGCUCCUAGUUACUGGCGGUAGGGAUGGGAAGGUAAAGUUGUGGGAUUUGAGAGGGGGGAAGGGCUCGGCUGUUGUUGAGAUGGAAACUGCCAGGAAUGCGCCUGUGCUGUCGGUAGCUUGCUGUCCGGACACCAAUACUGUCGUUGCUGGUACGGAGCUGGUCUCCUCGCAGGCUGUUGUUGCAUUCUGGGAUAUUAGAUCGCCGGGUGCAACCCGGCUCCAGUACGUCGAGAGCCACAACGACGACGUGACAGAGCUUCAAUACCACCCCGUCCGUAACAACAUCUUACUGUCGGGAAGCACAGACGGACUGGUUAACAUCUACGACACUACCAUCACGGACGAGGACGAUGCCCUGGUGCAAGUCAUCAACCACGGCUCCAUCCAUCACGCCGGGUUUCUGGGCGAGCGUACCAUCUACGCCCUCAGCCAUGACGAAGACUUCUCCGUCCACCCGGCCACAGAUCCCGACGAGCAGACUGAGGAGCCCAAGCCCAUCCCGUUUGGCGAUCUACGGCAACCUCUCAACUGCGAGUAUAUCGCCCAGCUCUGCACCGGCAGCCAGUCGGCGUUCAUCGCUGCCGGGCAUAAACUUGAUAAACGCCUAGACCUCGUCCCUCUCAUCCCCGAUCCGUGGCGGUUCGACCAGGCCAACCUCUGGCGUCUUCCCGGCGCGCACGGUGAGGAGGUCGUCCGUUCAAUCUACGUUGACGAGCAGAGUCAUUCCGUAUUCACCGGAGGAGAGGACGGGUUCGUCCGCGCCUGGAAGCCAAUGGAUGGGGAUGAAACUCAGGGCGAAUCUUCUCUGGUCAAGCCUUCACGACCGAAGGAGAAGAAACGCGAGAAGGAGCGGUUUAAGCCAUAUUGAUCGUGAGUGGUUCCAAUUAGUGGAGUGUAAAUUAUAU